GCUCACUCUCCAUCUCGUUUUCUCGGGAAAGUGAAGAAAAAUCUAUUCUUUUAGCUCAUGUUUCUUUGGUGACUAGUGAGAGUCUUUUGGCGUAAUCAUCUCUGAGUCCAACGAGCUUGGCGUCGAUGGAAGAUCAUCAAGAAUUCGAGAAACCCAUCUUCGAAUUACACCCCAGGAAGGCUCGAAGCUCUCGAAAUAAGAAGAAGAAUGGCUUAGUAGAAUCGAUGAAUCAUCAUCACUACGAAGAGAUCUUUUGCUACUACGGAUUGAGGGGAAGCCCGAAGAGAACAACCACCCAGAAAUCUCUAAGGAUUAGGAAGCGUCUGAUUCGUUGCGGAGAAUGUGGUAAAGGGUUUCGAUAUGAGAAAUGCCUGAGGAAUCAUACACAAACUAUGCAUUCGCUUGAAGAGAAUAAGAAGAAGAAGAAGAGCGAAAGGGAUCUGUUGUGUAUCUUCAGAAGUGAUGUGCAGAGGAGAAAGAGAUCCAAAAGAGUUUCCAGGUACAAGAAGAUUCUUCCUCCACCCUCUGUUUCUUCUUCUUCUUCUACGUUUGCCAAGGAUGGAGAACUGUUACAAGUCGCUGAGUCUCUGAUUAUGUUGUCUAAGAGUGGUCAUGCUCUGUUUUCGAAUCUAGAGAUGAAUCAGACCGAAUGUGAAGAUGAGCAAAAACUGGUUGGGAAAUUAGCAGAUGGGUCUAUGAGUAAUAGAAGGUCGAAAGAGCUUUUGGGUUUCUUGGGAGACAAGAAGGUUAUGAAGGAAGAUGAAUCGGGCCAGAAGCAGAAACAGGUAGGAGCAGAGAGUUUUGGAGAACAAGUUAGAUUGGAGAGAGUGAGUUUGGACGAAAUGUUGAAGAAAGCUGAAAGCGAUACAGGACAGAAACUUGGGGGUCAAGAAGCUGUGUUUGAAGCUUCAAAUGCAGCAGCAAGUAAGGGUAACAAUGAGCAUAGGUGCAGGGUCUGUGAGAGGGUAUUCUCGACGUAUCAAGCUCUGGGUGGUCAUCAGACGGUCCAUAGAAUGAAGAACAAUUCUGAAAAGUCAAAGCAUGAGAUGCAGAGAAGAGUGAGUAGUAGAAGCUGAAGUUGAGAGUGGCUCCAGUGACAUUGACCGGUGGAUUAUUCGAGCUGAGGUUUUGAAGAUGAACAAGUUAAGCUCUUUCCCUCACUCACACACACACUCUCUUUCUGUGUUUCUCAAAUGGAGAAUUGGAAUUUUUGUGCUUUUGAAACUCCAUUGUCCUUGUCUUGUGAAGUGUAACA